AUGUCCGUUAGUUCCUCAGUCCGCCCGAGGGGUGGCUCAACCCGGGCUUCAACCUCAAGAUCAAAAUUGGGCUGCAAAACUUGCAAAAUCAGGAGAGUCAAAUGCGGAGAAGAAAAGCCCCAUUGUCUACGAUGCACCAGUACAGGCCGCAAGUGUGACUAUGAAAGUGCAAAUUCCCGCUCAACUAUAUCAUUCGUUUUCGAAAACCCACUUUCACUAUCACCAAACACAGUGUGGCGAGAGCGUCGUGCCUUCGCCUAUUAUUUUCAACACACCGCAACUUCCAUCGGUGGGGGAUUAGAUAUUGAUUUCUGGCGCACAAUUGUUCCCCAGGUCUGCCGAAGUGAACCUGCAGUAUGGGAUGCCAUGAUAUCUAUAAGUUCACUCUUUGAAAGUCCUGACCCAUAUCCGGAUCUUGUCCCCCUCCGACGGGAUCAUCCUCACAAACUGAAUCAAAACCAACGAGAUGCCUUGAGUUGGUAUUCACGCUCAGUAUCCGCCGUUCGUCAAGGUCUCGAGCGUGGUGGUGUUGGGGUUUUCACUGGUCUGAUCACAUGUGUCUUGUUCAUCUGCGUCGAGGCCCUCCUAGGAGACAUGGACGAAUCAUUGCAUUUGUAUAAUCAAGGUGUACACCUCAUUCAUGCACUACGGGAUCGAAAAGAUUGCGGGGCCAUGACAGCAACCGAAUCUUCAUUAUUAGAAGACACGAUUGUUCCAAUUUUCAUUCGACUAGGAGCAGUCACUCUCCACAGCCUAGCGGAUCCGAUGAGCACCUUGUUACGAGAAACGGAAUGUGAUUUUACGCAGGAGGUCAUAUUCGUGUCUCUCAAAUCAGCGCGGGAAGCGAUUGUCCUUCUUUCCGCAGAGAUCCAUCGAUUCGAACAAGUCUGCGAACAAGAAUUGGAGAAAUCACAUGCUCCUCAUAUAUCCCCAAGAUUGAUGGUUCGCCAAAGAACCCUCUCAGUCAAACUACAACGCUGGCAUGCUGCAUUCACAAGAUUAACAGCUUCUCCAUUCAAAAAUGAGCAAUUCAGCACAUGUGCCCUUCUUCUUGCCUAUCAUGAAAUGCUGUUCGUCAUGCUCGGGGUCUGCCACUCACCAUCACGAAUCACAACCGACGUUUAUACACCGAAUUUCCAGAAUAUGAUCGAAAAUUCCAUUAUAGCUCUGAAUGGAUCAGCUCGACCGGAUGGAAGCCAGCCUCCUUUUACCUUUGAGAUCAGCGUGGGCCUCCCACUAUUCUUCACGUGCGUCAGGUGUCGUGACCCUAAACUCCGACGCACGGCUAUAGCAAUGCUUCGCAAGGCGCAUCGGGUACUGGGACUUCACAACCGCGACCAAGGAAUCAUCUUGAUUGAAGCAGUUGUCAUGAUAGAGGAAAACAAUGGCAGAGCAAUCGAUCAAGCCCAGACCCCAAGCAGCUUCGAAACCGCAAUAGCAAAUGAUACACCCGGCACUCCUAUCAACAACAGAGAAAUAUCCGAUGCGACUACCCCGAUUACCUCUCUGGUCGCAGGUCCCUAUCCCACACCUCCAGAUACGGAGAGCAAGGCAGCAGAAGUGCUCGUUCCACAAGAGGCACGCAUUAAACCACUCGGUGUAUUCCGGCCACGAGAUGGUUAUCCACAUAGCAUGAGAAAGGAGGAUUUAGAGAUGUGCAGCCAAAGAUUUGACGACUUGUUCUUCCGAUUUUCGUGGAACGAAUACAAUCAGAUCGACGAUACAUGGAGGACUGUGUAUGGAUGUCUCCCAGUGGAGCUUUGA